UUGAAGCUAAAUCCCAAAAGCAUCCAUUCAGGCAUCUCAUUAGUUCCCGGUGUAUGCUUGAGUGACUACAAAACUGAGUGCCCUCUGGAGUAGUAUGGUGCAAGUAACACAUCGCCUUGCUAGGCAAAAGGAUACUUUGCAUCUAGCUCUAUCAAAUAAUAAUGGCGUACCUAGGUGUCUUCGCUCUUGUUUGGCUACUUUCUAUCUCCACCACCUUUUGCAAUUUGUUAGCCACCUCCAACGAAACUGAAAAUGAUCGACAAGCUCUCCUUUGCUUCAAGUCCCAGAUCAACAGUCCAGCGCAUGUUUUCGUCUCAUGGAGCAUUGCAUCAUUGGAAUUCUGCAACUGGCAUGGAGUCACUUGCAGUGCACUGUCUCCCCGUCGUGUCAUUGAGCUAAACCUUCCAUCAGAAGGUAUCACAGGCCUCAUUCCACCUUGCAUCACCAACCUCACCUGUCUUGAAAAGCUCCAACUGUCAAACAAUAGCUUCCAAGGAAGCAUACCGUCCGAGUUCCGCCUCCUGAGCCAACUCAGCUACCUCAACCUCAGCAUGAAUUCCUUGGAAGGUAAUAUCCCAGCUGACCUCUCUUCAUGCUCCCGGCUUCGAAUCCUAGGUUUGUGGAACAAUUCCCUCCAAGGUCAGAUCCCGCCUGCCCUAAGCCAAUGCAGGCAUCUUCAAGAGAUUAAUCUUAGCAACAACAAGCUCCAAGGGAACAUCCCAUAUUCUUUUGGGAAUCUUCAUGAGCUGCAAAUGCUAGAUCUUUCCAGAAAUAAUCUUAGAGGCAACAUACCACCGGCACUGGGCAGCAGCCUUUCGCUCACUUAUGUUGAUCUAGGUAGCAAUGCUCUCACUGGGGGCAUCCCAGAGUCCAUAGCAAACAGUUCAUCUCUCCAAAUACUCAAGCUCAUGAAAAAUAAUCUUGUUGGAGAAGUCCCGAAGGCUCUCUUCAACACCUCGUCACUUAUAGUUAUAUCCUUACAGCAGAACCAACUUGUUGGUUCUAUACCACCUGUUACUGCAUUCUCCUCCCCUGUUAAACAUCUUCAUUUAGAAGAGAAUCAUCUCUCAGGAUCAAUACCUUCCUCGAUAGGGAACCUUUCCUCCCUAGUUUCUAUUUAUCUUAAUCAAAAUAAACUAGUUGGGAGCAUACCAGAGUGCUUAGGUAAUAUUUCAACACUAGAAAUAUUGGACUUCAAUGAAAACAACUUGUCAGGGCCAGUUCCAAAAUCUCUCUUCAACAUGUCCUCCCUGACAUAUAUCGCUUUGGCUGAGAACUAUCUUACUGGACGGUUGCCUUUGGACAUUGGCUUCAUGCUUCCAAGUAUUCAGGGCUUAAUCCUCACCGGAAACAAAUUUGAGGGCCCGAUCCCAACUUCUCUUCUCAAUGCAUCCAACCUCCAAGUGCUUGAGCUAGGUAACAACAGCUUAAGUGGGUCCAUUCCGUUCUUUGGGUCAUUGCCAAAUUUAAAGAUACUUGAUCUGGGCAACAACAUGCUAGACGCAGGCGACUGGGCCUUUAUGUCUUCGCUCUCAAAUUGUUCCAAACUGAAGACUCUUUUAUUGGAUGGAAACAAUCUCAGAGGGAAAUUGCCAAGUUCUUUUGGUAAUCUUUCGAUAAGCAUUGAGAUGCUGUGGCUGAGAAAUAACAGCAUUUCUGGGCCUAUACCACCAGAGACAGGUAAUCUCAGAAACCUUAAUCAGCUGCUCAUGGAUUGCAAUCAUUUCAUUGGUAAAAUACCACAAACAAUUGGAAAUUUGCGCAACUUGGGCACUUUUAAUUUGGCACACAACAAGCUCUCAGGCCAAAUCCCUGAUGCUAUUGGCAACCUUGCUCAGCUGACUGAACUGAAACUGGAGGGGAACAACUUGAGUGGAAGGAUACCUGCAACUAUAGGACACUGCACUCAACUCCAAAAAUUGAACCUUGCUCACAACUCACUAGAUGGGAGUAUACCAAGUAAUAUAUUCAAAACUACUACAGUCGAGUUUGACUUGUCACACAAUUACUUGUCCGGGCCAAUACCAGAUGAAGUUGGCAACCUCAUCAACCUUAACAAAUUUAGCAUCUCAAAUAACUUGUUGUCUGGCAAUAUCCCAUCCAACCUCGACAGGUGUGUGGUUCUGGAGGAACUUGAGAUGCAAAACAACUACUUUGCUGGAAGCAUUCCAAAAUCUUUGAAGAACUUGGUAAGCAUCAAGGAUAUGGAUAUUUCUGUAAACAAUUUGUCUGGAGAUAUCCCAGAGUUCCUCACAUCCUUGAGUUCUCUGCAACAUCUCAAUCUGUCCUUCAACAAUUUCGGCGGAGCAGUUCCGAGAGGUGGAAUUUUUGACAUAGCUGGAGCAGUGUCCAUUGAAGGGAACAAGCAUUUGUGUACAAGUGUUCUAACAGGUGGUAUGCCCCUUUGUUCAGCAUUCACCGAUAGGAGAAAGAAACACAAGAUCAUGGCACUGGUAGUGGGGAUAGUAAUAUCAGUUUUUGCUGGUGUUGUAAUGAUUCUUUCCUGUCUAACUGCAGUUCAUUGGAGGAAGAGGAUGCAAGUAAAGUCAAAUUUGCCAAAACUCAGUAAGCACGUUAAAAGGAUUACAUAUAGAGAUAUAGUAAAUGCAACAGAAAGGUUCUCUUCUUCUAAUUUAAUUGGCACAGGAUCAUUCGGAGAGGUUUAUAAGGGUAAUCUAAAUCAUCUUGAAGAUCAAGUUGCCAUCAAGAUUUUUAAACUUGACAUAUAUGGGGCGGAGAGGAGCUUCAUUGCAGAAUGUGAAGCCCUAAGAAUUCUCCGCCAUCGAAAUCUAGUAAAAAUAAUUACUUCAUGCUCUUCCGUGGAUUAUACCGGGUCAGCCUUUAAGGCCCUAGUGUUCCAAUACAUGCCAAAUGGGAACCUGGAUUUGUGGCUACAUCCAAUGGCCCAUGAUCGCAGUCAAAGAGAUAUUCUGACUCUAAGUCAAAGAAUCAAUAUAUCUUUGGAUAUAGCAUCUGCUCUGGAUUAUCUUCAUAACCAAUGUGCAACUCGAUUGAUACACUGUGACUUGAAGCCAAGCAAUGUUCUUUUGGACUUGAACUUGACUGCAUAUGUCAGUGACUUUGGCCUAGCAAGAUUUCUAUACACCAAAAAUGCACAACAAGAAUGUACGUCAACUUUGGCUUGCCUCAAAGGAUCCAUUGGGUACAUCCCACCAGAGUACGGCAUGAACAAAGAGAUAUCAACUAAGGGCGAUGUUUAUAGCUUUGGAGUGCUUCUGCUAGAAAUAAUAACAGGGAGUCGUCCGACCGAUGAAAGAUUCAGUGAUGGUACAAACCUGCAUGGCUUUGUGGAAAGAGCGUUUCCAGAGAAGAUCCAUGAGAUUGUCGAUCCGGUGAUGCUACAACACGAAGUCGAUGCAACUGAAACCAUGAAGACCUGUAUCACUCCAUUGGUGAGAAUAGGACUCUGUUGCUCCAUGAUAUCACCCAGAGAGCGACCUGGAAUGGGACAAGUCUGCACUGAGAUCCUUAAAAUCAAGCAGGCAUUAUCAAACUUGCACGGUGAAUCAAACAAAUUGGUGGAACAGCAGCUACCUACAGAUGCUGCAGCAUGUAGAUACUAAUGUUCAACUGAUACUUCAUGAUUUGCUUGUACCCCUUUUGCAUUAUGUAUCCUUACAUAUUACCUUAAUUUGCAAAAAGACAGCAGGUAGACAGGUAGUGAUGGUAACUACAGCAUAAAUCACUGUU